AUGUCUUUCCGGCCAAUGCUGAAGCAGCGGGCUGUGGCCCCCAUCGCGGCCACCCUUCUGGCUGGCGGUAUCGCCCUCUACCCCCGGCAGACGGCUUUUGCAGAGGAGCCUCGCGAUGCUAAAAAACCCAUCUACGAUGACUUCCCGACCGAGAUCCCGGCCGUCUCCAAGCCCGUCGUCUCUCCGGCCCCGACCACCACCACCCCGGCAGCUCCGGUGUCCACUCCCUUCUCCUCUCCCUCUUCCCCUACGCCCACCGACAUCCUGACCGCUCAGGUCCGUCAGGCCCGUCUCUUCCUGUACGAGAACUCCCUGGCCGUCGAGACUAAGUUCAACAACUUCCUGUCGCGUGCCCUGCACAUCGAGAACGCCUUCACCAACACCGUCGCCUCCCUGGCCCCGUCGCCCGAGUCCGGUGAACGUCUGCUCCCCGGUGGAGUCUACGUCGUUGUGGCUGCCAUGGCCGGUUCCAUCGUGUCGCGGAACCGCGGUAUCCUCCUGCGCACGGCGUCCCCGCUGGCCUUCGGUACCGUGGCUGCCUGGACCCUGCUGCCCGUGACCAUGCGCAACGUGUCGGAUCUGGUCUGGGAGUACGAGAAGCAGGUUCCGGCUGUGGCGGACACGCAUCUGCAGGUGCGCGAGAAGGCUGAGCACCUGUGGUACACGGGGAUUGCGCACAGCGGUAUGGCGCGGGCCAUGAUGGAGGAGAAGAUCGGAGAUGUGCGGAAGAAGUUGGAGGAGGUGGUGAGCAAGGGUCAUUAA